AUGCCUGCAUAUGAGCAUAUCUCCAGUACUGCAGUAGAGAUGACCACCAUGCAUCCUCAUUUACCGUGCGUGAAGCAACCAGCUGCUACCCAUCUCGCUCCCAACAGCAACCACCCACCACCUUCCCUGAUCCAUGCUCGGGCUAGAGCUUCUUCUUGCUCCAGCAACCUCUCCAUGGUCUCUGGUCACUCACAUCGGUCCCGCUGCUAUGCGACGACCCUGUCCGCCGACGCCGCCUCUACAGCGCGAUCCCUUCAAGCCAUCUCCAGCAACCAGGAUACAAAACUAAGGACGGACAAAUUCUUCGAGCUGGAGAUGAGCGUCCGCGAGAGCGAGCUUGACCAGUACGGGGUCGUGAAUCACGUCAUCUACCCUGUCUACAUUGACAAUGCUCGAGAGCAGCUGCUUACGGGUCUUGGCAUCAGCUCGGCCUCCGUGGUAUGCGCCGGCAACGCUAUGGCGCUCUCGGAGCUGAACCUCAAGUACCGCACGCCUCUAAGGCGCGGUGGCAAGUUUGUCGUCGGGGUGAGGGUUGUACAAAUCAAGGGCGCGAGGAUACGCUUCGAGCAAUUCAUCGAAACCCUGCCGGAGCGCGAGCUCGUUCUGGAAGUGACGGCCACCGCCGUUUGCCUCAACAAGGAUCACCGCCCGACUCGGGUCUUCCCGGAGAUGUCGUCCAAGCUGCAGCAGUUCUUCUCAUCCCAUGAUGGUUAA